AUGGAGGCCAGUAAAAAAUAUGACCCGAAAUCUAUCGCAAAUCGCAAAAUAUGCUCUAUUUAUCAAAAACAGGAUGCUGUUAAUCAAACGGCCUUACAUUCUCUGGAUAAUGAGAUAUUUGAGUCUUCCUCUCAGACUUACGCGCUGCUUCUGUCAACUUUCAUUCUUGGUGAAGAUUCCGAGCAAGCAAAUAUCUUUUCUGUUAGACGUGUGGCUCUCAUGUGUACUUGUGUGUGGACCUAUUUACCGAAGCACGUCGCAAGAAAAACCCAGUGGGACGGCCUCAGGGACAAGUGCAUCAACCUAUCGAUAAUACCGAAGUCGUUGGAGGGAGGUAAGGCAGCAGAUUCUUCAAAACCUGUGGUAUUUCAACGGACAAAUGCUGGUGAAUCAGCGGUGGAGACGGACACACAUAAAAACAACGGACAACAACCACGCUGGCGCCCGUCUUCUGGUGCCAACAGAGCACAAGGUUUUUACUGCGCGCCUAUCACCAGUUCCGUCUGGCUAGAUCCUGUGAACAAAUUCAGUUAG